UUUCACCCCAAUGUUCUCUGAAAAGACUCCCCAUGAAUCGAACGGAAUGCUUCCAUCCUGGAAAAGGUAUAUCCUUCAGACCACACAGUCUUGGAGAUGGCCCAACUAUUUCCCGACUUCUCGGCAGGUCAAUGGGCCUGACUAUGUCGCCCUGCUUCCAGAAUCUUCGAGAACUAGCAGCGAUGUAGAGUUGGGUUAUCUGAAACCAACCUCACGUCGAAUUCGUAACCCAACCUUGGACAAGAUCCACACAGCACUACUUACAAUCUUCGGCCUUCUCUGGGCAGCAAUCCGACCCAAUAUACUGACCAAGAAAGAGAAGCGUGAACUACACCAGUCAGCGUGGCUCGAUGGAAUUCGUGGAGUGGCUGCUUUCUUCGUUUUCUUCAGCCAUGCCGCGGAGAUACGCUGGAACGAUUUACGGCACGGAUGGAAACAUGGAGGCUACUUUCUUCAAUGGCCCAUCAUCCGCGUCUUUUAUGAAGGCUCAUCCAUGGUGUCGGUCUUCUUCGUCGUCAGCGGUUUCGCAAUCAGCUACAAGGCCCUGAAGCUCGCGAAAGCCCAAGAACAUGGGAAAAUAUUCGAUACUCUCGUCUCGUCCACAUUUCGACGGGGCAUCCGAUUGUAUCUGCCGUGUGCCGCGAUAACGCUCUUGCGCGCCAUCACGAACUAUAUCAGGGGCACAAAGGGCGCCGCUCCAACCUUUUGGAUCAUGCUAUGGCGAUGGGUCAAAGUGGUUGUCUCGGGUGUUAACCCUCUCCGGCUUGACAAAUGGUACUUCAACGGCUCUUUUCGCCAGCUGGAACGGGUUAUGUGGACCAUUCCGGUCGAGUUCCGUGGCUCCAUGGUCGUCUUCCUCUGCAUUCUCGUGGUGGCGAAGGCUCGGCAUGCACAGCGGAUGGCUGCAAUCGCGGCUCUCAUCGCCUGGUCCUGCUGCGUCGGCGAGUGGGACAUUGUCCUCUUUGUUUCGGGAACGUUUCUGUGCGAACUCCAUCACAGGACCUCGUCAAAUUCGGGCUCGAACGGCGGCGACACGAGCUUUUUGUGGCGUUUUCUGUCUGCAUCUGCCUCAAUCCUGCUCUUACUGCCUCUGCUUUACGUCCUCUCUCAGCCGGAAAGCUAUUGGGGAAAUGGCGACACGCCAAUCUCGGGCUGGCUAGAUGCCCAUACACCGGCCGCGUGGGUGGAAAACAAAAUGGAGGCUGGCAAUUUCUGGCACUGCAUCGCUGCUGUUAUACUGAUCUUCCUCGUCGACCACUCUCCUGUCCUGCAACGAUUCUUCAUGUCGCCGAUCCCACAGUACCUUGGCGAGAUCUCAUUCUCUUUGUAUCUGCUGCAUCCAUGGCUGAUUGACCUGGUCGGUAGGAAAAUUGUCUUUUUCAUGUUCCGCCGGAUGAAGGAGCUGGGUCCUGGAAUUGGACCAGAAUAUCUUGGGGCCAUCUUGUGCCUCAUCCUCUUUCUGCCUCUCCUGUUCUGGGUUUCAGAUAUUUCGACCAGGUGGUUCGACCGUGGUGGCGUGCGACUAGCACGGUGGGCUGAAGAUCGAUUCUACAGCGUAAACGCUCGAUCGUAGGCUAUAGGCACGACUUUAUCUUGAUAUCUUAGCUUUUCUUCGCAUCCACAUUUAAAUCUCA